UUGUCUUAAUUAUAGAUUCUGCCGAUAAUGGAGAGCGUUCCAGGUGCUUCGUCCAGAGGCGAUAGGAAAGUUAUAGAGAGGAACCGAAGAAGCCAAAUGAGGGCUCUUUACGCCAAGCUCAACUCGCUGCUUCCUCAUCAAUCCUCCAGGGAAUCGAUUUCGCUGCCGGAUCAGCUGGAUGAAGCCACGACCUACAUAAAGAAGCUUCAGAUAAGGUUGGAGGAGUUGAAGGAGAAGAAACUCAACCUUGUGGGCACCGACAAUAAGAGAAAUGCUCAUGGGAGCCAAAUUCACAAUGGAGGAAUGAUUUUGGGGUCGAAAUCACCUAAAGUUGAGACUCACCAAAUGGGUUCGGCAUUAGAGGUUUCUGUGAUUACUGGGUUGGAUUGCCAGUUCAUCUUCAACGAGUUCAUUCGCAUUCUUCACGAAGAAGAAGCCGAAGUUGUUAACGCCAGUUAUUCAGUCGUUCAUGAUGCUGUUUUUCAUAUCAUACACUGUCAGAUAGGAGAAUAUGGUAACAGAGCUGAGAGGAUAUCGGAGAGAUUAAAGAGGUUCGUGUACGGUUCUGGCACAUUUUGAAGAGAAUGGCAGUGUCUGCUUCCCGUGGAAUUUUGAAUAUACAUCGGAAUGUGAAUAACUUGUGCUUAGUUUGUUUGUAACAGACAUAUAUAUAUAUAUAUAUAUAUUCAUAUCAUAUCUAUAAACUCAGCUGAUCUUACUAUAUGCUUCCUUUGUCAAUUUUG